AGAGAGAGAAAGAGAGAGAGAGAGAGAGAGAGACAGAAGAGAUGGUCAAAAGAAAGAAAGUGUAGAGGAGGAAAGGGAAAGAGAAGCCAGAGAGAGAGGUGGAGAAAUAGAGCAAGGGAGGGCAGGGAGAAGGAGAGAAGCGAACAAGAGAAUCAGGCAGGAGAUGCUCCUCUCUCUCUCUCUCUCUCUCUCUCUCUCUCUCUGUUCCAUGCACGUUCACACCAGCUGUGCUGUUGUCAGUCUUGGAAUGUAAGCACCGCUGUGAGGAGUCAUAUUCGCCACUGCUAAGGAAUAGGGACACAGAUGGAUGCAAAGCUGUGAGAAAUCAAAAGGGAUCUCAAGAGAGGAAAACAAUGCCUGUUCUGAUAACACUGCCUUCAAGUGUUCAUCCCAUCAGAAGUUCCUUACCAUAAUUCUCAAGUCAUCUAGGACAUUCCCACAGCUGAUCGAAUACCAUGAUAACCAAUCAGGUUGUGCUGCUGCUACUGAUUUCCAUCCUAUGGCCCACAACUGCCCUGCCUUUCACAGCCAGGAAUAUCGGGAAUCUGUUUGGCUUGUCAGACAGUGAUGGGAGGAUUCUUCAGCGCUCCAAACGAGGAUGGAUGUGGAAUCAAUUCUUUCUGCUUGAGGAGUAUGUAGGAAAUGACCAUCAAUAUGUUGGGAAGCUGCACUCUAAUGCGGACAAAGGUGAUGGCAACGUCAAAUACAUCUUGACUGGAGAUGGGGCAGGCACACUGUUCCUGAUUGACGAGAAGUCUGGGGACAUACACGCGACCAAGAGGCUGGACAGGGAAGAGAAAGCCAUGUACAUUCUCCAUGCCAAGGUUGUGGACCGAAACACAAAUGCAGAGCUGGAGCCUGACACUGAAUUUAACAUAAAAAUCCACGACAUCAAUGACAAUGCACCAAAGUUUGCAAAAGAAAUCUACUUUGCCAGUGUUCCUGAAAUGUCUGAAGUUGGCACGUCUGUCGUCACUGUAACUGCCACUGAUGCCGAUGAUCAAACAUAUGGGAACAGCGCCAAGCUUGUUUAUAGCAUUCUACAAGGACAGCCAUAUUUCUCAGUGGACUCUGAAAAUGGUACGAUUAAAACCGCACUGCCUGGAAUGGACAGAGAACUCAAGGAAAAUUAUCAAGUUGUGAUCCAGGCUAAAGACAUGGCCGGACAGAUGGGCGGGCUUUCAGGAACCACGACAGUGAGCAUCACCCUAUCUGAUGUCAAUGACAGUCCACCACGCUUCGCUAACCAUUCCUUUCGAGUGACGGCUGCAGAGUCCACCGACAUUGGAGGUGGUAUUGGUCGUAUAAAAGCUGACGAUCCAGAUGUUGGGCGUAAUGCAGAGAUGGAGUACACAAUCGUCGGUGGUCAUGAAAUAUUCAACAUCAUCACUGACCAAUCCACACAAGAGGGGAUCAUCAUAAUUAAAAAGGCACUGGAUUACGAAAGCAAGAGAGACUAUGAGUUCAGAGUGGAGGUGAAAAACACCUACUUGGACUCGAGGUUCAUCCAAGGUUUGCAAUUCAAAGACUACGCGACCGUCAGGAUAACAGUGGAGGAUGUGGACGAGCCUCCUGUUUUCACGAGGAACCCUUACAUCAUCGAGGUGCACGAGGACACGGCGGCAGGUAGCUUUGUUGGCGUCGUGUCAGCCAGAGACCCCGAUGCUGACAACAAGCCAGUGAAAUACUCCAUUGAUCGACACACAGACCUGGAAAGGCUGUUCAACAUUGAUUCUGCAAAUGGCACCAUCACAACUCUGAAAGCACUGGACAGAGAAAUGUCCAAAUGGCACAAUAUCUCUGUGGUGGCGACAGAAAUAAAUAACCCACGUCAGACCACCCGGGUACCAGUGUUCAUCAAGGUGUUAGAUGUCAACGAUAAUGCACCCGAGUUUGCAAUGUCCUACGACACGUUUGUCUGUGAGAACGUCAAAGCAGGACAGCUGAUUCAGACAAUAAGUGCAGUUGACACGGAUGAACCUCUUGUGGGACACAAGUUUGUUUUCACCAUCAGCCCCACCAACCCCAACUUCACCAUUGUGGACAGAGAAGACAACACUGCCAACAUCCUGACGCGGAGGGGAAGCUUCAGCCGCCGUGAAAUGAGCGUCUAUUUCCUGCCUGUAGUCAUCUCGGACAAUGACUACCCCAUUCAGAGCAGCACAAGCACGCUGAUCGUGCGCGUGUGCGCCUGUGACAGCCGUGGAAACAUGCAGUCAUGUAAUCCAGAGGUUCUUCCCUUCUCAGACGGUCUCACAACCGGAGCUCUAGUGGCCAUCCUGCUGUGUGCCAUUAUCCUCCUUAUGAUCGUGGUGCUGUUCGCCGCCCUGAGGAGACAGAGAAAGAAGGAGCCUCUGAUCAUCUCCAAAGAGGAUGUUAGAGACAACGUCGUCAGCUACAACGAUGAAGGGGGCGGAGAGGAGGACACUCAGGCCUUUGAUAUCGGCACGCUGCGCAACCCAGAGGUUAUGGAUGCUAACAAGCUGCGCAGGGACAUCAUCCCAGAAAUGUUGUUUCCCUUUCGGAGGACAUCACUUUUAAAGGAUAAUACGGACGUCAGAGACUUUAUUAAUGGGAGGCUUCAGGAGAAUGAUUCAGAUCCCACGGCACCCCCCUAUGACUCCCUGGCAACUUACGCUUAUGAGGGUAACGGAUCCCUGGCAGAGUCCCUCAGUUCACUAGAGUCCACUGCUACCGAGGGCGACCACGAUUACGAUUACCUCAACAACUGGGGACCACAAUUUAAAAAGCUGGCAGAGAUGUACAUAGGAAAAAGUCCCGACUGAGAGACUUAGAAUCACAGCUGUCUGUUUUGUUCAAGUUAACUUUUGCUCUUUGUCUGUUGAUCUAAUGCAUGUAUUAAGAGAGCUGGACAUGAA